AUGUCAUUCGGUACCAAUCAUUUUAUGCGCUUAUAUCGCUUUAGUAAUAAUGCAUUUGUGCGUUUAUGACGUUUACGUCAUACAGUAAGUGACUAACAAGCCUCAAAGAAAUAUUAGAAAAAUUCGGCCACGGUGCAAAAAUAAUCUUAAGAACAUUGGUGUAAUGAUUUCAUUAAGAAAUAAACUUUAAUCACUCUAAGGAUGGAACAUACAAAACAAAUACUUCAUAUAUUUCUUAUCUUCUCAGUAUUGCAUUGUACAAUAUCAGCUUAUCUUGAAGAUGCAUUUACUCAGGAGACUGACGAGCCUUCCAAAAUUGCUUGGCUCUUUUUCAAUAAUGCUGUUACAGCUAAGUGGACUCAAAGAAAUUUGUUAGAAUUUAGAAGAGAACCCAAGAUUGAAGGUUUACUGAUGAUCACAAAUGACAAGUGUCGUGACAAGUUAAAUCAUCUCUGUGGAGAUAUAAGCAGGAAUAAUGAUGAACUUGUACUACUUGAAUGUAUUCAAACCUUCAAGCCUACUGAGAUAUCUGGAAUUGAUCAGAAGUGUCAAGAAGCAAUUUGGAGCUAUAUCCAGAAUAUUACAGACAAUGUACAUAUAGAGAGAUUAGCUAGGAAAGCGUGCGGCAAACAGUUGGAUAAUUUACAAUGUUCCAGUUCUGAUUAUACCCAUGGAGCUUACUUAUCUUGUUUGAUUGAUAAACGAGAAAUGGUUAGAGAUCCUGAUUGUAUCACCUAUAUCCAGAGAUUGGAGUGGAUUGCUUUUAGUGAUUUCCGAAUUCUGACUCCCUUUAAGACAGACUGUGCAAAUGAUAUUAGAAAGUUCAAGUGUGAUAGUUUGCAGCCAUACAGAGACAUAUCACAAGGUCAGAUAUUAGCUUGUCUACAAGAUCAUGUUGAGCAAUUGCAACAGGAAUGUAGAAGGCAUAUUCUUCAUGUGUCUGAGAUCCAGGCUGAGAAUAUCAAGCUGGAUCGGCAACUAUAUAUGGCUUGUACUCAAGAUCGCAUUAAAUUCUGCCCUAACAUUCGACCGGGCAGUGGUCAGGUUUAUAAAUGCUUGAUGCAACAUAAAACUGAUAGAUCGAUGACCGGGCAAUGUCAAGAGCAGUUGACAAGGAGAGAGAAGCUCAUUGCUUCCGAUUACAAAAUUAGCAAAGGUCUAGUCAAAGCCUGUAAGGAAGAUAUAAGAAAUUAUCACUGCAGGCGGUCUGUAUCUGAAGAUAAAGAAAUCAAGUUGGCCCAAAUUUUGCUUUGUUUGGAGUCUGCUGUGAAGAAUGGCAGCAAGAUAGAUGGAAAUUGUCAGGCGGAAAUGUUCGAUCACAGAAAACUCUUGAUGGAGGAUUACAGAUUGUCACCGGAGAUCGUAGACGGUUGUGCGAACGACAUCACAACUUUUUGCAAUAGCCUCGAAGUCGGCGGUGCUACAAUACAUUGUUUAAUGGAGCACACAAGGACGAGAAAAAAGAAAUCGAGGGUUACACCAAAAUGCCAAAGAGCGUUGGAGGAGUUAAUCCUAGAAGCCGAUGUCGGUGAAGAUUGGAGAAUUGACCCGGUUCUAAGGGAACAAUGUCAACCUGUGGUUAAUUUGGCUUGCAGAGACGUGCAUGGUGGAGAUGCCAGAGUAAUAUCUUGUUUGAUGGAGCAAUUAGGAACGGAGAGGAUGACGGAAGCUUGUGAGACAGCUUUAGUGCAAAUACAAUAUUUUAUCGCCAGAGACUUCAAACUUGACCCACAAUUGUAUAAAGCGUGUAGAUUUGACGCUGUGCGUUUGUGUCAUGCGAGAAAUGCCUGGGCCAAUGAUGGUAAACAAAUGGACCCUGAAACAGGACCUCUCGUUCUACCGUGCUUGUACAGGCACGCAUAUCAGAAAAAUAUGACGUUGAAAGCAGAUUGUUUGGAAGAGAUUAGGAGAGUUAUGAGGCAGCGUGCUGUAAAUGUUGAUUUACAACCUGAAAUCGAAGAAGUAUGUUUCAAUGAGUUAGCUUCACUCUGUUAUGAUAAAACUGCAAAAGGAGAAGAAAUCCUCUGUCUGCAGGAUAAUUUAGACAACCUGAAUAAAAAAUGCAAGCUUGCAGUUGGAAAUUUCACAGAGGAACAAGCGGAACGUGUUGAAUUGAAUCCAAUCAUUUCUUCAGCUUGUCAACAUAUCAUGGAACGUCAUUGCGAGGAAGUAUUGAAAUAUGGAAAAGAUGAGGGAGACAUGAUGGAAUGUCUCAUUGAACACAAAAAUGAACUGGACGCACGUUCUGAUUACAAGUGUAAAGCAGCCGUGGAACAUUUCCAAUUGAUAUCCUUGAAGAAUUAUCAUUUUACAUACAAGUUCAAGGAAGCAUGUAGACCUUACGUUAAGAGAUGGUGCUCCAGAUCGAAGACGAAAGCCGAUGUGAUAGAAUGCUUAAGUUUGAUCGUGCAAGAGGACAUAAUGAAAGAGUCCCAGCAUCGGGUGCUGAAGGAUUGUAGGCAGCAACUGCGAGCGCAACUUUAUCAACAGCGGGAGAACAUACAUUUUGAUCCCGUUCUACAAACUUCUUGCGCAACGGAUAUCAAACAAUAUUGUUUCAACGUAGAACCAGGCAAUUCACAGGUACUAGAGUGCCUGGCAUCUCACAAAUCUAAAUUAUCGGAUGUGUGCCACAAACAACUAUUCAAGGUGAGAAAGCAGGAGUUCCAGGAUAGCUCCAGUGAUUUUCCUUUACUAAACACUUGUCGAGUUAUGAUCAGGCAAUAUUGCCACGAUGUGAGCAGAUCGCAAACUUUGGAUUGCCUUAAACGAUACAAAGAUGAGCUCACUUUCGACGAUAAAUGCAAGAACAUUGUAAUUCGAAGAAUGAUUGAACAGAACACGGACUAUAGAUUCAACAACGCGCUACAAAAUGCGUGUUUCUACGAUAUCGAUAAGCAUUGCAAAGAGGUAUUAGUGCAUGAGCCCCCUGAUAAGGAGCUUGAAGGAAAAGUCAUAAGAUGUUUGAAAAUCAGAUUUCGUGAAUCUAAACUGACCACUAAAUGUGAACAUCAAAUGGCUAAUAUUCUCAGAGAAGCUGCGCUAAAUUAUCAUUUAAACCCAUUAUUGGCAACAAUGUGUGCGCACGAAAUUGAAACGAUAUGUCGAUCAGAUGAGAAUGAGCCUGGUGCUGUCGAGGAAUGUCUCAAGAGGAAAUUUAAUGCCGGGAAUCGAGACAUGAAGGAAGAAUGUCGGUUGGAAGUCGCUGAUCUUAUAGAACAGACAAGGGCAGAUAUCAAUGUGGAUCCUUUGCUACAGAAAGCUUGCGCUGUGGAUGUCAGCAAGUACUGCAGUUCUGUUCCUCAAGGCGCUGGAAGACACAUAAUGUGUCUACAAAAUGCGUUGGAAGACAGCAACAAAUCUUUGCAGCCCGACUGCUAUAAAAUGUUGACUACAAGGAUGGAAAUGUUUAGAAAUGCUGCCAAGUUGAUCGCGCCAAAUACGAUUGAAGAACUUUAUACGACGGUGAAUCUCUCUCCCGCGCGACGUUAUUUCAUGAUUGUCGGUUGCACCAUGGUCGGUUUUAUUUUUAUUAUCGGUAUGUUCUGCGGCCGAGUGACUAGGCGGACGAUGAUUAUGAAGAACAAGUGACGCCGCCGGCGUCCGUCCACUAGUGAAAUGACUUUCGUGAAAUUAGUCGAGGGACAACAAAUGUAAAUUGUAUCAGGUCAACUCUGCAUGUAAUUGCGCGAAAUGCAAGUUACGACAGAUGGAGGGAGAUAUCGAUUUUUUUAUACAUUCGUUUAUGAAGUUUUUAAAGUGCCACUCUUUGUAUUUAUGAUCAAAGAUGAAAACAAGAUUUUUGAUGUUGCUGUUAUGCACAAGUGGCGUUGCAAGAUUGUAAGCGUCGGGAGAUAUUGGUAUGUAAAGGUUUUAAGAGGUAAGGAUUUAAAUAUUCAGAAAUAUUACGCUACUGCAAUAUCGUGAUCCUAAGAGAGAGAGAAAGAGAGAGAGAGAGAGAGAGAGAGAGAGAGAGAGAGAGAGAGAGAGAGAGAGAGAGAGAGAGAAUACAGGGUGUUUUGUAAAAUUUGCAACAAGCUUCGGAAAUGUCUUUACAUUUGUCGAAAGUAACGUUCUCGGAACUUGUUACAAAAGUUACGAAACAAGCUACGUUACCUAAUUAUAACUUUAUAUUCCGUAGAAUGAGAUUUAUUCGUUGUGAGGAAAGGUAGAGAAAAAUUAUAUUAACUUUGAGCAGGAUUGACUUCAGGAUCUUUUCCAAGAUAAAAAACAACGCCAAAUAUUUUUAAUCUUUUAAAAACUCGAGAGAAUGAUAUAAAAAUUGCUUAUGAUUAAUGAAAUCUAUUCGAUUGACGCAUUGGUUUUUAUCGAAAAGAUGAUUUUAAUCAGAAAAAUAAUUAGAAAUAUUUCCCGUUUUGUUUUUUUUCAUCGCGGGGCCUGGAGUCGAUCUUGAUUCGGAAGAUCGUGUGCAGAGUUGUAAGAGGGAAGUAAAAAUUGGAAGGUGGCAACCCAAUUCCCUCCUUACUGUCCCAAGGGACUUACUCAAGCUUUGCGAUGCAACGCGUGAGCGAGAACGUGUCUGACAGUUCUUUACAGAACAUUUCCCGGAGAUACCGGAGAAAUAACUGCAAUGUUCACGAGUAAAUUAUUCCUGUGGGAUAUACGUGCGAGCUGACGAUACCACUGGGACGACUCCGCAUACGGACCUCCGAGAGCGAACGCAGAGCGAAAUGCAUUUGUUGUCAAGUGUGUCUCAAUGUCUAAAUUUUCUGUACGUUUGUGAUAUAAAGGUCCAUUAAGGGAACGAAAAUAAAGUGUCUGAGAUUGAUUUCAGUCCAAAGAUACAUCGGGCACAAGUUAUCUCAGUCUUCCACUUUCAA